GACGAUGAUCGGACAAACUGAACUGAAACACACAGGGAAUAAAUACACAAAGUAAUUGACUAAAUUAACUAGACACUUUGUUUUUAUUUAAUAGAAUAUAACGUCUCUAUGCUGUACUGUAUGUUGUGUUAUAAUCUCUUUUUUUCAUUGAGUUGAAUGAAAUACUGUGCUUAGCUAAUAGUCAAGGAAUGUGGGGUUUUUUAUAAAUCUCUGUACAUGCUUUAAUGUAUGCACGCUUGAAUAAUCCGAAAAUGCCAUAUCAUCCUGCUGAACUGUGAGAAAUGGGUUAGUAAAAUUAAUUAGGUCUAAAAUGUAUAAAACACGACAGGUCUAAUAAAUGUGAUAAAUUAGGUGCUUGGGGCAUUGGUCUCGAACUUAAUUCCUCGAGGACCACAGCCAAUACACACCUGAUGACAGUCGUAUUAUAUGUAAGUGCGAACUCGUGAAUGAGCUGUAUUAGGCGUGUCUGAUUAGGAUUGGAGCAAAACUGUGAAGAGAUGUAACCUUCAGGAGUUUGAGACCAAUGCAAAUACAUGCAAAUUACAGCAGCUUCAUUGGCUGCGCUGGCCGAGAAGUCGAUAUAGUCUCCUAUCUUGAUCGUCCAGGUUUCCAGUUUUGUUGCGAUUGAACGUGAUUCGUUUAUCUGGAUGACUAUUAAGCAAUUGGCGAUAAAGCGACGGAAACAAUUACUAGAGGCUGUAUAAGGUCAUGGCUUCCUCCAGCAAUGUGUCUACAAAAAGCCUCACAUGUUCCAUAUGUCUGGAUGUGUUCACUGACCCUGUAACCACUUCCUGUGGUCACAACUUCUGCAUGGUCUGCAUCAGAAGUCACAGAGAUCGUAGUCCAUGCUCAAAGUGCCCCUUGUGUGGGAAGGCGUUGGACUCAAAACAAGAUUUUAACGUAAACCGAAUCAUUAAAGAAAUUGCAGAAACCGUCAAAAGGAAACCGGUCCAGGAGCAGUCGGAAGUGUCCUGUGACAGCUGCCCAAAGAAAAAAAUGCGGACUGCUUUAAAGUCAUGCUUACACUGUGGGACCUCUUUCUGCGAGUCUCACUUGGAGCCCCAUAAAACUGCCGAAAAACUCAUGAAACACAAACUAAUUAACCCUGUGAAGAAUCUUGAGAAAUACAUUUGCAAGAAUCAUGAAAGACCUCUGGAUCUUUACUGUAGAGAUGAUCAGACAGCCAUCUGUCAGUUCUGCACCGAGAGUGACCACAGAACUCAUAACACGGUUCCUCUGGAGAAGGAGAGUUUGAAAUUACUGAUGAAUAAAAAGAUUGCGGUGCAGCAGAAAAUUAAGGACAAGAUGAGGAAAAUGAAAGAAAUUAAACAUUCUUUGCGAUUUAACAAACAAGCCAAAGAGAAAGAGACUGAAGAGAACGUCAAGUUUUUUAAGGACAUCUUUGACAGAAGCAGUAAGGAACUUUUUGAGCUUACAGAGGAAAAGCAUAAAGACACAGAAGCACAAGGAGAAAAGCUCAUCAGAGAACUAGAUAAAGACAUUGUGGAGCUAAAAAGAAGACAAACUGAUCUGGAGAAGCUUUCACAUCCUAUGGAUUUUACACAAAUUAUUAGCCUCCUGCACAACUACAAAUGCACCAACCCCUCAAAUGACAUCAGCAUUAGCUCUCUUGAACAUGGAGGUAUUUUGAGGAAGACCAUAUCACAUCUUCAGAGCGUCCUGGAUGAGAAAAUGAGAGAAACUGUUGGCAGAGAGCUGCGGUGUAUAAAACAUUACGCAGUGGAUGUGACGCUUGACCCUGACACAGCUCAUCCUGAGCUCAUGCUGUCCGACGAUAAAAAAAAGGUCUGGAAUACAGGCAAGUCGCAGAAGAUUCCUGACACCCCAAAAAGGUUUGAUUAUUGCUCAUGUGUCUUAGGAAAGAAAGGGUUUUCCUCACAGAAAUUUUACUAUGAGGUUCAAGUUAGUGGGAUGGAGUGGGAUUUAGGUGUGGCAAAAGAAUCCAUCGACAGGAAAGGGGAUAUUGGGCUCAACCCCGAGAAUGGAUAUUGGACUAUAUGGCUGAGGAACAGGACUGAGUAUGCAGCGAAUGAUCGGCCCCCUGUCUCUCUCACUUUGAAAGAGAAACCAGUCAAAGUGGGAGUGUUUGUGGACUUUGAUAAGGGUCUGGUCUCUUUUUAUGAUGUUGAAGCCAAGUAUCAUAUCUAUUCUUACACUGGGCAGUCUUUCCGUGAAAAUCUCUAUCCGUAUUUCAGUCCCGGAGAAGGUGAGAACAGGCAGAACUCACAUCCUCUGAUCAUCACACCUGUUGACUCGGUUGAAUAAAACAAGUGUAACCAUUGAAAUGAAUAGGUAUAAUCAUUUUAAAACGUUCAUAAUUUAACAAUUAUUAUUCAUUAUUGUUUUGGUAGUUGUUUCUAAUGUGAAUUGAAUUAUUUCUGAACAGGACCUGUUUAAACAUGAACAUCUUGUUUAUUUUUCAAUUACAUUAUUUUCAACACCCAAUAUAUUAUUACUUUUAUUAAUUGUGAGAUUAAUUCAGGAUUUGUUAGCAACUCUGUUUGUUAAUGUACAUUGCUGGAAAAAUUUUGACAUGAAACAGCAAUAAAAUUUUAAAUGAAACAUUGAUUGACUGAGAAUUUGUAUUAUCACAAACACACCAAAUGCAACAACAAAAAACAAAAGAACUGAAAAAAAUUGCACAUUUAAUGUAUUGGUUCACACAAAAAUGAAAAAACGCUAUAAACUACACACCCCCAAGCCAUCCUAGGUGUAAAUGUGUUUCUUCCAUCAGGCAAACACAUAUCACAGGUCAGUCAAGGAGCCGAAAGUCGACGCUCUUGUGGAAAACAGCAUUUAUGUUAAUGGAAAUAUUUUUGUUAGA